GCAGCGAACCCGCGCUUGUUUUGCAGCCGGUGCGCGCGGGACGCGGCGGUGCAGAAUAUCUGUUUAUAGACAGUGAUAUCCGCGUGGUUCAGGAUGUCCCUGAGGAGGGAUCGAGAUGAGGAGGUGCUGGGCUGGAGUGAUGAAGAGGAUGAGGGCUCUGAGUUUGAGAGUGGGCUCUCUGGUGAUGAAGAGCUGUUUUUUAAUGGGAUGGACCCUGCUCAGGACGACCCCCGGCGCGCGCUUUCAGAUGAGACCAAGGUUCCUAAUGGCUCAUCAGCUGAAGGAGCCACCAGUGGGUGUGAUAAAGAAACUCAACCUGCUAAGAGAUGGAACAAUGCAGAUGAGGAGGACAUUGAGCCCUUCCACCACAAAUUCAUUCCAGCCCGGAAACCUGGUUCUAUCCUUGACCACACUAAAGAUUACAGACCAGUGGAUCUUUUCCAGGAGUUUUUCACCACGGAGGCCGUUUCCAGCCUCUGCAGUAACACCAACAAGUUUGCAGACAUAAAGAAAGACAUGGGGGAAAAGUGUAAAUGGGAACCUCUGGAACCUGAGGAGUUUAUGAAAUUCUGUGGGAUUCUUGUGUUUAUGGGCAUCAUUCAUCGCCCCACGAUCGCAGAUUACUGGCAUCCUGACAGCAUGUGGCAAACUCCUUAUGUAAGGAAAAUCAUGCGCAGAGACAGGUUUCAGGCCAUAAGUUUGAGUUUGCACAUCAGUGACCCAGAAUCAGACCGCACAAACUGUGCAAAGAAAGGAAAACCCAACUACGACAAGCUGGCGAAGAUCAGGCCUUUAAUGGAGAGCUUAAAAACGGCCUGUAAGGCAUCGUAUCAUCCUAGGAGGAACUUGUCAAUCGAUGAAAGAAUGGUACCAACUCUGGCUAAGAACGGGGCAACAGUUCGAUUAAAGUCCUGCCGCCACACAUGGGGAUACAAACUGUUUGUCCUGAAAGACAUUGCAAAUGGAUAUACGUGUGAUUUCACAGUUUUCGCUGAUAGCGACCCAAAGAAAACCCCCAAUGGACUCAGUUACGACUCUGUGAUGUCUCUUGUGGAUCCUCAUUUUCUCGGUACUGGCUAUAUUCUGUACUGUGACAGCUUCUUCACCAGUCCAGCUCUGUUCAUGGACCUGCACAAGAUGAAGGUGCAGGCAUGCGGCAUGGCGAAAAAAAACAGAGCAGGGUUUCCCAAAGUCAAGAAAAACUCCCUCACGAAGACGUCAGCGCGAGGCACCAUUAAAUGGAUCAGACAGGGACCCCUUUUGUUUGUAAAGUGGGCCGACUUCAAAGAAGUCAUCGCCUGCUCCACUGUCCACAAGGCCUACGCUGGAGAUGUCGUGACAAGAAGGCAGAGGCAUUUGGACGGAACCUGUGAGGUCAGAGAAUUUCAAGUGCCAGCGCCAAUCAAUGCCUACAAUCGGAUGAUGAGUGGAGUUGAUUUGGUUGACCCAAACCUUCAAAGGUAUAUCAACGGCAAAAGGUUUUACAGGUGGUACAAGAUAUUCUUUUUCCAUUUUCUGGACAUAGCUCUGGUCAACGCCUACCUGCUUCACAAAGAGCACAGCCAAGUGAAAGCAGCAAAACCGCUCUCAUAUCUUGACUUCCGGAAGAAGUUAUGUGAACAACUCUGUAAUUUUGAGACAAACCCUGAGCCACCCGAAGUUCCAAUGAAUCACUACCUUGAACGCAUGCAAGGAGGGCGGAGAAAGUGCCGACAGUGCCUAGGAGAUGGCAAGAGGAGUGACACUAUCUGGCACUGUCCACAGUGUGAUGUUCCACUGUGUGGUUCAGCUGCGAGAAACUGCCUUAUGAGAUAUCAUCUCUCCAGGAACCUAAAGGUGGGGUUGAACAAGGUGGAGAGUACUGAGAACGACAUGGUGAAGACAGGGGUGAAGAGGAUGAUGCAUACAGUGGUGGACAAGAACGUGCAAACAGUACCCAACAAGAAGGUCAACAGAGAGUCAGACAAGACGAUACAGGUGUGCGAGAAGGAGAAAGAGAAGGAAAAAGUGAUGGUGGACAGGAAGGCGAAGAAAACAGUGAAGAGUAAGAUGAAAAAAAGAUCAAAAGUGCAAGUGAAAAAAAAGUCGACCAAUAAAUCAAAGAAAACUGGUCAAAAGGACAAAAGAGAGACCAGAAAAAAUGUGGAACCCAAGCUUGAACCAUUGUUUGAACCCAAGAUUGAAACCAUGGAUGAAUCUAGGUUUGAAACCAUGGUUGUACCCAGGUUUGAAACCAUGGUUGUACCCAGGUUUGAAACCAUGGUUGAACCCAAGUUUGAAACAAUGGUUGAACCCAAGUUGGAACCAAUGGAUGAACCUAAGAUUGAAUCGGUGCUCUGGGAAAGAUAUGAAGGUCCAGAGGUGCACUACAGUGAAGUGACUGUUGUAAUUGAAUGAAAUGCUGCGUUUGGAGAUGCUUCUUAGCACUAUGAACAGCAAAAAAAACGACUACAAGCUUACAGAGUUUUGCACAUGAGCAAAAAAGCUGUGUACAAUACUCGUACAAUACGCAGAUACAGUAUUAUAAACUAUAGCAGCAGAACUGGUUUCAGUCAGCAUGUAGGCCUUCAGUGGGUAAAGAGAUUGGUGGGAACAUUUCUCUUUUAAAGGCAUAUGGUCAUCUGUUUUUAUUCAUUUGUUUGGUCGGUUAAGUUUUAUUACGCUGUUUAAGACUUACCACAUACUAAUGGUUUUAAUUCAGACAUUAUAUGUUAAUCAAUCCAUACUUCUUAAAUGAUUUCCUAAUCUAUAGUCAGCAGCUAUUGGUCCCUUAGAGUUUAUCAGAGUUGUACACUAAUUUACAUUGUAGGCUAUAGCAUAUAUAUAUAUAUAUAUAUAUAUAUAUAUAUAUAUAUAUAUAUAUAUAUAUAUGGAAACACUGGUGAAGAAGUCUCACUGUUACCUGGACCACAUUUACACCUGGUCACUUUAUGCAUCUGGAGUAUCAGCAUUAUAUUUGAAUGGGGAAAGGCUACGUAAAAAGGCGAGUGUAGACGCUCCAAUGAUGCAAUCAAAACAGAUUUAAAUCUGAUCACUCAAACCACUUCAAGAGGUGGUCUGAGAAGCAGUUAAAACAGAUACAAACUCUCCCCAGUACAAAUAACACUAUACCAGUAGCAAUUGCCACCCAAUUCCAGCCCACAGUAAUCAUACAAUCCAGAUACUAAUCAAUUGAAGUGACCAGGUGUAAAUGGGACUUUACUGUAAGCUAGAUCACUACUGCCAUAUAGCUGCUGCUGAUCUGAUUUUGUAUGAAAGUGUUUGUAAAUUAAGGAUAUAUUUUAACAAGUGAUUAUGGAAGACCUUUUCAGAUCAGAUUUGCAUGAUGGGACAUCAACUUCAAAAUCUGUAUUUGUUGCAGGGUUAUGUGGUAUGUGGUAACUAACCUUACUAUUGUAAAGGCACCUUUUAUACUCCUUUUAUGUACAAAAAUAAAUGUACAUUCCAAACAUUGUAUCAGUCACUGUUUAUAUACGUUAAGGGUUAAGCAUAACAUGCAGUAGAGGGAAAUGGCUACCAGGUCUGUCACUAUAACACCGGUUUUAUGGAUGAUAUUUUGUCUCAGAAAUAGUUGUGAUAAACAAAAUUAUUGUCAUCUUUAAA